AUGGACACGGAGGCGCUCCUGGGCCACGCGCGCCACCAGCGGCACCUGCUGGACCGCCUCCUAGCGUGCCGCCCCGCAGGCGGCGCGGGGACCAGCGGCGUCGUGCGCGCCGCGCUUCACCCGCUGCUCAGGGACAGCUUCAGAGUCUACGAGGACGUCGCGCUCGUCCUGGCGCUCCUCCUCGACCGCUUCUUCGACAUGGACUACCCCGAGUGCGUCAAGGCCUUCGAGACCUACGUCGGCACCGCCAAGCAGAUCGACGCGCUGCGCGCCUUCUACACCUGGUGCGACGACGCCGGCGUCGCGCGCUCGGCCGACUUCCCCGACGUCAGGCGUGUCGACAAGUUACUCGAGACCAUGGAGCAGUUCCUGAGGGAGCGCGGCCGGGCGGGACGCGCUGAGGCCUCGCCGCCGCGGCCACGAUCGGCGCGCGAGUCUGAUGUCAACGCGCAAGGCGACGACGACGACCGCGUCGACGACAUGAACAGCAUCAAGGCGCUCCCGGCGCAGCCAACGCGUUCCAGCCACGCUGAGCCCGCCCGACAGGUGGUUGUGCCGACGAAGGAGGCCGAUCGGAGCGUUCUGGUGGACCUGAGAGAGCCGGCUGCCACCGCGGACGAGCAGGGCAACAAGCUGGCGCUUGCGCUCUUCUCCGCGCCGCCGGCCACGAGCGGCAACAACUGGGUCACGUUCCCAUCGGAAUCGGACGCCGCCGCCCCGGAGCCAGCGGUGACCUCGGCGUGGCAGACGUCGGCGGCUGAGCCCGGGAAGGCGGACUGGGAGCUGGCGCUGGUGGAGACGGCGAGCAACCUCUCGAAGCAGGCGGCGUCGCUGGGAGGCGGGAUGGACACUCUGCUGCUGGGCGGGAUGUACGACCAGGGCGCCGUGCGGCAGCAGGUGGCUCCUCCGGUGCUGAUGCUCCCGGGCCCCGACGGCAGCACGGUGCGUCAGGUGGCCGGGGGCGACCCUUUCGCGGCGUCGCUGGCGGUGCCGCCGCUGUCGUACGUGCAGAUGGCAGAGAUGGAGCGCAAGCAGCAGCUGCUGGUGCAGGAGCAGCAGAUGUGGGCGCAGUACCGGCAGGGCGGCAUGCAGGGGCAGCCCGCCGGGUUCAACGGCCUCGCCGGCGGCAGCGUGUUCGCGUCGAACGCCGCCGUGGCGGUGCCCUAUGCAGGGUAUGGGAUGCCCAUAGCGUACAACCAAGUCGGUGGGUACUAUUAG